UUUCAAGCUUAUUUGCAUUCUUCCUACGAUAUUUUCCUGUAGUUCUUUGGAUCCUUAUCUUUCAUUAAAGAUUUUAAGAUGGCUGAUAAGCCAGAACAAGAAAAGCUAGAUCAGUUGAGUUCCUAUGGAAAUAUUGGAAUGGAGCCAAUAGUAUGUCAAUAUAUUGAUCGAAGCCGCUCAACCAAUGGCAUAUUUCUUGGGGACAAUCCCCUCCAUAAUCCCACAUCCAUACUAGUAAUUCAAAUUAUUCUUAUAUUUAUUGUCGGUAAAAUUACUCAUCUCCUGCUGAGACCACUUCAUCCAAUACAACUCGUUUCACAAAUAGUGGCUGGUAUCAUAUUAGGUCCAUUAUUGCUUGGUAGACUCCAAGCAGGUUAUGAGUUGAUGUUUCCAUCAAUGAGCAUAGUGACACUUACAACAUUUGCAGAAUUUGGCAUGAUAAUUUACUUCUUCAAGAUAGGGGUGCAGAUCAAUCCCAAACAUAUAUUUAAUAUUGGAAAGCAUGCAAAAAUAAUUGGUUUAGUAGGCCAUGUGUCUUCUAUAGCAGUUGGCGCUCUAGUUUUUAUUAUGGUUGGAGGAGUCUCAUCUCUAAAGUCUGAAGCGAAUGGUGUUAGAGGUUUGGUAAUUUUUGAUGCUUUGACUGCAUUUCCUGCUACAAGUAGCUUUCUCAAAGAGAUGAAUAUUCUUAAUUCAGAAAUUGGACGCAUGGCAUUAUCUGCUUCCAUGGUUAGUGAUAAAUGCACGUGGUUUUUAAUAUUUGUUGUAAUCAGCAGUAUUGAAUCCUUGGGACAAAAGUCAGUUAUGCCUAUUCUGACACUACUUGUGACAGUUUGUUAUUUCGGCAGUUUAUUCUUCAUGCUAAGGCCCCUUGUUAUAUGGAUCUCCCACCGCAAUCCAAAGGGAAAGCAUAUGACGGGAGGUCAUUACAUGAUAAUCAUGUUUAUACUUUUUAUUCUUGGAUUGUCUGCACAAGUUGUUGGACAGCCUGCUUUUCUUGUUACGUUUUGGUUUGGCUUGAUGUUGCCAGAUGGCCCCCCGUUAGGUUCUGCUCUGGCAGAGAGGAUUGAUAUUGUUGGUUCUACUUUGAUUGUUCCAGCUUAUUGUACUAUAUGUGGUUUGAGCACAAUCGUUCCCCCUUUAACAUCACAAGCAGGAUGCAUAGAGGCUGUCUUACUUGCCGGAAAAAUAGGAAAGUUUGCAGGCACCAUUUUAUCCACACUUCACUUUCAAAUUGAAUUCUGGGAUUCUGUUGCGUUGUCUCUAAUCAUGUGUUGCAAAGGCCUUGUAGAUCUCUCCCUCUACACCUAUUUAUUAAAAAGAAAGGACCUUGGGAGACUGUCUUACACUAUUGUCAUAUAUACCAUGGUAGGUGUAACCGGAUUUGCAACUCUAGUUAUUUAUUACAUAUAUGAUCCUUCAAAGAGAUACAGAAACUACAUUAGAAAAUCAGUAAAGGACCACAAGGACCACGAAUUCAAAUUGCUUGUAUGUGUCCACAAUGAAGAAAACGUAUAUCCAUUGGUCAACCUUCUCGAAGCAUUUAAUCCCUCAAAGGAGACACCGUUGUCACUCUUUGUUCUCCAUCUCAUGGAGCUCUCAGGCAGAGCAGCCCCAGUCCUUACAAAAAGCGAGACCACUAACAAGUUACAUCCACAUGGAGAUGCUUCCUCUCAACACAUAAACAAAGUCUUUGAUCAAUUUCAGCAGCAUAACAAAGAGAGUAUCAUGUUGCAGUUCUUUACUGCAAUUGCACCAUUUGCAAGCAUUCACGAUGACAUAUGCUACCUUGCAAUGGAUACAAAAUCACAUUUUGUGAUCAUACCAUUUCAUAAGCGAUGGUCCAUUAAUGGAAAUAUUGAGGUUUCCAACGCUUCAAUCAGGACAAUAAACCAGAAAGUUCUUAGUAAAGCUCCUUGUUCAGUUGGAGUCUUAAUUGACAGAAGCAAUAUGAGUGGAAAACUAUUAGUUACAUAUGAUAAGUCAUUCUGUGAAAUUGCCAUGAUCUUCUUAGGCGGUGAUGAUGACCAAGAGGCACUGGCUUUUAGUUUGCAAAUGGCUCAACAUCCAAAUAUCAGACUUACAAUGUUUUGGGUAAGGGUUAACAUGGAAGAAAAACAAAGGAAUAUGAAGAAUCCUUUUAUUUACUUGAUGGAGCAUAUAAAGUAUAAUCUUAACCUUAAAGGCAAGGUGAACUUUAAGGAGGAGAUUGUGGAAGAUGGGAUAGGAACAAUACAUGUUAUCCGAACAAUGGAGGGACAUUUUAAUUUGGUCAUAGUGGGUAAACAUCAUAUAAUGGAGUCUCCAUGCACGCUAGGCUUGACAGAAUGGUGUGAACUCCCAGAGCUUGGAUUAGUUGGGAACCUCCUAGCCUCAGAUUUUACAUUUUCAGUUUUGGUGGUGUAACAACAACCCUUCAACUUUGAUUUUUGAUACAUUAAGUGAAUCUCAAGAAAAUAUAUAUACACGAAAAAAC